CGCCGGUCCGAUCGGAUCUCUACACCCAAAAAUACGUACUGGGGAUUUACUGGAUAUUAUACAUAAUACAUAACUCAUCUGCAUUUAUAGAAUGCAGUUAUCAAAAAACGGAAAAUCGUCAGUGAUAAUUCAUCGGAAAAAUGAGGUGCGGUGGUAAACGACUGAAUCGAAUAAAAAUUACGGGUCCAACGUUGGAGUAGAGUGUAAAAGUAGCAGUAAAUCAUAAACGCCACGGGGAAUCGCGUGGAAGGAGAUAAGUGCCCUAGCGUGGUAGUGCAUUUGCUGAUCGCAAGGGCACCAAGUGUAUAUUCCCCCCCCCCCCGGGGGUGUGUGUGUGUGACGGUGUGUCCAGCUAAAUCGAUCGAAUGGCGUGGUUAUCACUUGCUAAUAAAUUCCGUAUCAACGAUAAAAUUUUGAUGAUUUAUCACCUAGUGUCAUGGGGAAUAACCACGUAAAAUAGUUAUUCAGGUGCACAAUUGAGUCAUGUUCUACUGCGAAUUGGUGGUGAAUGACGCACAAUAAGUGGCACAGAAUUCCGAUUGAUUGCGACAUUAUUAAGGAUAUUACAACCGGUUUCCUUUUCUACCAGUGAUGAAUGAUAAUUUGAGUGCGCGGGUGGGGGGAGGAAAAAUAUAAACAGGGUAAAAACACAUGAAAUUCUCGUGAUAUAAGUAUUAAAAUUCAUGCGUGCAUGACCGAUUCCCUUCAUUUCGAUACGGUCUGUUCGUUCCUUCAUUGGGACCCACCACCCAGUCUACUGCACCAGCAUCCCGUGGCCACGGUGUACCUGCGGAAAAUUGCGACUGAGUAAAUGAUAAGGAGGGCAACAGGGGCGGAUAAUUGCAACUCUCCGUUGAGCACAACGAUCUCUCCUCGCUGCGUUCCGUUGCUCCUGCGGCAACGGAUUCCGAUCAAUGAUUUGAUUCUUCCGUGAGCCGUGACAACGAGUACAACCACUGCUGGAUUUUUAAUACUCUCAAUUGUUGUUUUAUCGUUGUGGAUAGAUAAAGGGGGGAAAAAGUGACAGUGACGGUGCAACACAUCUUCACCUUUCUCUCGUGACUCGACCAGUGAGUGUGACAUAAUUGAAGAAAGUGUAACCGGAAUUUAAACUUGUUAUUAUCAAUGGGUAUGUCAAGCAGGUUCACCUUCCGCGUUAUUUGUGGAUGGCAUAUUAUUGGAGAACAUUGACAAGUGAUUAAUGAGGCUGUGAUAAAUAUUUUUUCAUAAAUUCUUUUAUUAACAAAAUUAAACAAAGUGGAUUGAAAAUGUCGUCGAACGGUGAAUUUUCAUCAAUAUCAAGUGGAGAAAUUCCAUCAUUACCAAAAUCUCUGCCUAGCUCACGUGAAGCAACGGCCGAGGGUAACUCAAGUUCAUCGGGUGGUUUUAUGCCACUGCGUGAGUUUCUCGAUCGAUUCUCAUUACCGAGAGUCGUGAGACUCGAGGGCACCGGUGGCAGACCAGUAUUACUCUACAAACAACAACAGCGAUCGUUACGUGUCACUGCUACACUGCUAAUUCAUCGUUAUCGUCAUGACGUUAAAAUCGGACCGGAAAUAGUCAUUCCCGAGGGAUAUCCUGGAUGGUUUUCAGUGGUGUCAGGUAACAACGCAAUGGGCAGCGCACGAGUGUAUCGUCGCGUCGAGAGCCUAGUGCGUGCCGGUGUACCAGCUUUCCUUCUUGCGGCGCCACUACGUGCUUACACCCUCACGCACUCCAAGAUGGGGGAUGGAAAUCUGCGAGCCCAUUACACAAAGACAACGAUUCGUGCCGGUGAGGUACUCCGAUUAGUAGCAGUCUUUCAAGACACGAGAAAAUACAGUGCCUUCGGUAUCACCGGUGGAACAACAGAGAAAGAUCAAUACGCUCAGUGUUUAGAUUCUCACGGUCGCGAGGUCUUUGCGGCAUUGUCAUCACGCGGUGAAUUUUACGCAAUAUGCCAGAGUAACAGUUCGGACACAGGAAGCGAUGCUGUACUCUACAGGGUGCACCAUCUUGUGAAACGGGCGUUGCCCCUCAGGGUACGACUGGUAGCGGGUCCACUUCCGGUGCCAUUGCCCAGAGAAUACGGUGGUCUCAUGCAACUGGAAACAUCGACGAGGGGCUCAAUUGUCCUUGGAUGCAUUGUACCUGAACGGCCAGUUCAUAAUCCUGAGAUGCUGGAGCUCGUUGCCUCUGGUAAUGGUGCACCAAGAGUCAGAAGAGCAACAUUAGGAUAUCCUUCUGAAGCGAGACUACUCACCUCCCCAAAGAUGCAACGAUUACUCGCUGCCUGCAGCCGAGCAGUUGGAGAUCGUGCAACCGAGCCUCGAGUAGCCCCCCAAAAAAUUCCCACCACAAAUUCAAGUACUCCAAUUAAUGAAGAAUCACGUGAGAUGCAUUUAAAGAAGAUAAAGCCAAAAGCCGAGACAAAACCGAUUCUCCAGAGUCUACGUGAUGGUAUUGAACACCUGAAAAAAACAACAGUGCGUGAACGCAGUCAGACUCGCAAUCAAAAUUCAUCAAAUGGCUUCUUAGAACGUAUAACUAAACUGACACACGUUGGUGGACGUAACAGGAAUCCAGCCAAGAAGUCGGCGUCUUUCACAUUUGCAGUGAAACCGGAAAUUGUUGUCAAGGCCAAGGAGCGGUACUCGAGUUUAGAGGCGGAUGUCACGUCACAGAAUCAUCAUGCGAAUUCAAAAUUACCAGUUCAAAGAUCUAUUUCUACGAGUGUCCUUGAGACUCCGGUACAAGUUGAAUUACAGCCGAAUUACUCAAGAGUUAGAGACAGUUUAAUGCCAUUACCAACACCACCAUCACCACCAAAACACACACACAUAGCCACCAAGACAGACAAUAUUUAUGCUGAAAUAUGUGAGACUGAAACGAAUAACAAGGUGCAGGAAUGUCCAGGCAGUCAUGUCAUUGCUAGGAUCAAGAUUAUUGUCAAGAGUGGUGAGUCGUAUCUCGAGGAGAACGAGCAAGAAGAGAGAUAUGCUAAUUCAAUGAUUACUACUCAACAGAUUGACUCUAUCAUCCACACAGAGGAUGAUAUUAUUUACAACACCAUUUUCUGAUAACUUCGGGUGUAAAAUUCGAAGAUGUACGGAAAAUUCUAUGACAAUAUAAAUGCAUUUUUAUCAAUAUUUUUUUCUCCAAUUUGUUGAUAAAACAAGGAAGAAACAUUCUUGGUGAUUUUUUCACCAAGAUUUUAUAACCCGUACUAAAAUUUCCCCAUGAAACUGCCAUUCGAUGAAUUUUAUGUAUACUUUCUUUAUCGAAAGACUUGUAUUAUAAAAAGUGAUGCUCUCUCUUUCAAUAUUUAAUUCUGUAGAUUAUCCAUGUACUUUUUUUUGUAAAUAACAUUUUUUAUAGAAAUAUUGAAAAUGAAUGGAAAUUUGUAUAAACGAUUUUGUUAUGAACCAACGGCUCAAUUUUGUAAAUUAUUCGGUCGAAUUUAUUUUGAGGAUUAAAUCAAUUAUUUGUAA